CGGGCUGAGCCGGGCCGGGAUGCGGGCUCCGCCGGCCGCCGCGGCGAGCCGCCUCCGCCUCCCGCACUGACGCCCCCCCCGCUCCUCCGGGGCUCGGCGGGGAGCCGGCGGCUCCCGGGGGCCGUGCAGCCCAUGGCCGGCUCCGCGCAGCCCCCGGCGGCGGCGGCGGCGGCGGCGGCGGGGGGCGGCGAGGCUUUCGGGGACCGCUCCCUCAGCCAGGGCUUGAGCGUGCUGGUGGGGCUGGCGCUCUGCGUGACCAUGCUGGGGCUGGGCUGCGCCGUGGAGCUGGGGCAGCUGGGGCAGCAGCUGCGGCGGCCCGUGGGGCUGCUGCUGGCGCUGCUGGGGCAGUUCGUGGCCAUGCCGCUGCUGGCCUUCCUCCUGGCCCUCAUCUUCGCCCUGGACGAGGUGGCGGCCGUGGCUGUGCUGCUGUGCGGCUGCUGCCCCGGGGGCAACCUCUCCAACCUCAUGUCGGUGCUCGUCGACGGGGACAUGAACCUCAGCCGCCACUGGAUCAACACGGCCCUGGUGCAGCUGCUGCCCCUGGGGGCGGUGAGCCUGACGCUGGGCAGCACCCUGCUGCCCAUCGGCCUGGGGGUGCUCAUCCGAUACCGGCACCCCCGCGCCGCCGACCUCCUGGUUAAGAUUUCCCUGUGGUCCCUCUUGGUGACUCUGGUGAUCCUGUUCAUCCUGACUGGGACCAUGCUGGGCCCAGAUCUGAUAGCACAUAUUCCUGCGUCUGUCUACGCCAUUGCGGUGCUGAUGCCUCUAGCGGGGUACGCCUUGGGAUACGGCUUAGCCACCGUCUUUAAAAUGCCCCCACACUGUAGGAGAACAGUGUCUUUGGAAACAGGGUGCCAAAACGUCCAGCUCUGCACCGCCAUCCUAAAACUCACCUUCCCCCCAGAGCUCAUAGGGAGCAUGUACAUGUUUCCCUUGCUUUACGCGCUUUUUCAGUCGGCAGAAGCGGGACUCUUUGUGCUGGUAUACAAGAUGUGUGGGAAAGAGAGCUACAAACAAGAUACACUCGGUGAAGAGGAAGACACGGAUAUUUCCUACAAGAAACUGAAGGAAGAGGAGGUGGCCGAUACUUCGUACGGCACAGUGACCACGGAGGAGCACAACUCCAUUCAGCUGGAGCCGACCCAGACGGCGCUUUAGGCGAGAUAAGGAGGCGACACCCGGGAACGAGUGAUGUGUGUUGUGCUUGCAACCGGGCUGCGGCCGUGCUCGCCGUGGCGCAAGCAGAGCUGCCCGGCCUCCAUCGUUUCUCCAGCCGCUCCCAUUGUGCAAGGUGAUGUGUUGUUUAUUACCGUGACAGUUGUAUUUCCUCAAAAAUAAAUAUGAAAAAAAUUUCAACAACAAAGGAAAAAGUAUCACUGCGACGCAAACCAGUAACCAUACGUCUUCGCGCAAGGAGGUUCCUGCCCGCCUGAGUGCAGCAGGAGUGGGUAGGAGGAAGGAGCCGAGCGUUUUGCAGAGGCGAAGCCAACGCGGCACCAGUGCGGACGGACGGGCAAAGCACCUCGCGCGCGAGCAUCUCCGUGCCUCCCACCCGCUGUAAAAGCAUUGUGCUCGUUGUUCUCACCGCAAAUACAUGCCGAAGCUGAACCAAA